AUGCUGCACCAUGUCCACUACACGGACGUCGUGCUCUCGAUCCCAAUCCUGAGCCACAUCGCGAAGACGAUUCCGUGGGAGACGCUCCUGCAGCUGCUCUCCGCGCGCCACUUUGUCCUGGGCCAAAAGGUGCUCGCCGCCGGCAGUGUGCCCCACGAAAUCUACUUUGUUGUCGAAGGCCAAUUUGCUCUCCGGUCUUCCGACGCGGCGCUGCAGCAUCUCUGCGACCCAGGCAGCGUCUUGUGCGCUCACGCCCUGCUCGCUCGCGCGCCACUGCCCUACGAUAUUGUCGCUCUCCGGUACAAGUCGACGCUCCUCAGCAUCUGCAAGACAAAGUUCAAGACGGUGCUGAAACAAGCAGGCGCGGAGGCGUGGAUAACCAACCUCGCCUCAGCCGAUGCGGCGACAGUGCAGGACCCAAAGACACAGCGCGGGACCACCAAGGAGUCGGCGCCGCCCGACACAAUUCCUAUCGAGUACGACCUGGACAAUGCAAUUUUGGUGCUGCACGAGCCGCUCAAUCCAGCCGAUUUGGCUGUCGCACCCGCUAUGAAUCCGACGUGCCUCCAAGCCAAAGCCAACCGAGCUCGGCGCCUCGAAAGCCUCCACGUUCCGGAGCAGUAUGGCGCUAAGCCUCUUGCCUCGACGCCAAGCCGACGCUCGGCGCCGCGUGUGACGAAAGAAAAGCCCGUCGGACGGCUGCUGCGACCCCUCGAGCACGACGCGACGUGGUUUCGGGACGCUAACGGCAACGUCGUCGUCCACGCCAAGCGUGACGUCGGGUGCGAGCUGCGAGAGGACGUCGCGGCGCCCGACGUGCCAAAACCCGGUCGCUUCACGCGGGUCGGGAAGGCCGAGCUGACACCCAUGCGACUGCAUAUCCACCAGAACUCACCGUUGCAAGUGCCAAUGACGUCAAAUCUAAGCCUCCAAAGGUCGCUUGAGCAGAGCCAGCGACCGUGCCAAGUGCCCGUGGUGUUGGCGCCGGAGCACCAUACGGGCAGUCGAAGCCUAGGCUACAAGCUGCUGAGAACGUCGUCGAACCAGCGUGCUCCACUUUGA